UUGAUAAGUUUUGGCUAUGUAUGCGUGUGUUUAUAAUCCAGGGAAUACUUCCAGAAGAUGAUGAUGAUACAUAAAUAAAUAGAUGUUUCCCCAGGUGAGUGAGUGGCGCGUUCAGGCGUGGGCGCGUGUCGGGUGCUGUGAGUGUGAGGUGGCCGAGCACUAUUUAAACCAGCCGAUGCCUGAAUCAAGCCAACCAACUCAGCAUCGAUAAUGGCCGACUACGUCCUUCGAAUACCAUCUCCAACGGUCAGGGAUCGCUCCAAGCUGGGCUCGACAGCCGGCGACUCGUCAAUCGGAACCGACCAAUGGCUAUGGACACCCCAGGCACUCUACGAUACCCCGUCCCGGAAACUAGGGAUGGGAUGGUCGGAGGAGAUCCAUCUACGGGCCCGGGCGGUGAACUGGAUCGUCAGGAUAUCUAUCACUCUGCAGCUGCCACAGCUUAUCAUCGCCACCGCAGCCGCCUAUGUCCAUCGGUUCUACAUGAGGAAACCACUCCAGAGAUAUCCGCCCAAGAUGAUGAGCGCAACCGCCCUCUUCCUGGCCACCAAAGUCGAGGAAGUACCUAGGAAGCUGGAGUACGUGGUUCGCGAAUACUUGUCCGUCGACGAGGAUGGUAACGAACGAACAGUCCCGAUCAGCGAUUCUUCAAACGAGUUUCAAGUGCUCAAGCAGGAGAUACUCUAUUACGAGGAUAUCCUUCUACGGACACUGUGUUUCGACCUGGCCGUCGACCAUCCCUACGUCUCCUUAAUACACAGUGUCAAGUUCAUCCACGAGUCCCACGCUCGUGCCCGGCCUUCGAAAUCGUCGAUCGCGGUCGGAAUGGCCGAUCGGGCUAAAGCCAAGUCGAUCACUCAGGCCGCCUGGGGGUUCAUCAACGACUCCUUGAUGUCCCCACUGUGUCUCGUCGCCAAACCCGAGCUCAUCGCUGCCUCGGCCUUCCUCCUCGCCGUCUCCCAUCGUCUCUCCGAAUCUCCCCCCUCAUAUCCGGACCAAGAGGGGAAUCAUCAAGAGCCACAUAGCAUCGAAAACGAUCCGGUCGACUUCAAUCGCUUCCUUAACCUUCCCCCUCGCGACGGACCCGAAGAGGGGUCGAUCCAAGAACCCUGGUGGAAGGCUUUCCAAAUCGAAAGUCUGGAUGAAAUACACCAAGUCGCCAACGCGAUGCUCGACCAAUAUACUCAAUCAGUUUGCGAUUACAUUCGCGACCGGGCGAGCAAGCUUGCGCGGUUCCCAGGGCCAUCCUUCCUGCGUGGGCCGGUGGAAGCCAUCGAGACCCAGCCGUCUCAUACACAAGCAGACACACAAGCUGCAGACAGUGGGAUGACCCCAGGGAAGUCAGACGAGCGAAGGACGCCUCCUACUCGGGAAGAGGAUCCCAGUCGGGCUGUCUCUUCGACGCCUUCGCGUGCACUGAUGAGCGACAACAUGGACCUCGGCACACCGAACGAAUCGACCAGUCCGUCGCCGAAAAGCCGCCGUGUGCUCUCCCCAACUGGUCCGACCGACGAGAAGUCGCCCACCAACAAACGCUCCAGGUCCCCUGAAUCCUCGGCCCGCCCCUCCAAAAAUCCCAAGCUCGAUCUCCCCUCAUCGGCCCCCUCCCAGCCCGCCCCUCAGCCUCCCUCAGUAUCCCCUCCUCCCCUUCCGCCGCCAAUCCCCCAUCAACCAAGCCCUCCCCCUCCCCCUCCCUCAGAUCCUCAUCCACUUCCUAUGGCUAAGUCGCCACCCCCAAUCAAUAAAGUCGAUACCGCUAAAGAAGCCGAGAAGCCCGUUGCGGGCGCGGCUGCAUCAUCGGAAUCCUCCUUGAGCGAUAUGGAAGAUGGUGAAUUGGAUUAGAAUGCCCCUCGCCCUCCCUCAAAUUUGUUUCUCUCACUUCUCCACUCUCAAAAAAACUAUCCUAUUAGUUUCAUUCUCUCCCCUCCAAAUUAAUCACCUUUUGUACUUCUUAGUCGAUCGCCUCCUCACAUUGUCUGAUUACUCAACUCCUCCCUCCCUGGACAAUUGCACAUAAUUUCUCUAUAGGA